AUUUUCUUUUGUCAUUCUUACAGACUCCGCCGCGUGAGGCGCAUGUCGCCAUCCGAAUAAAAACAUUUUUUUUGUGUGAAUUCUUACACAAAUAGUCGUUUUUAUAAUCGACGGGAAAAUUCCUUUAAAAUGAUUACAGCACUCUGCGGUAUCCUAGCAUUGCUAGCGGCUCCCUCAUCCUCUCAGGAGUCUGAGAGCCUGGUACCAAUAUCGCCAUGCCCCAACGUGUUCAACUACGAGCCGCCGGGCUCCGAGCCGGGACGGUGGUACGGGGUCGUCAACCUCUCCACAGACAGUACUCUGCACUCCUUAUGGCUCAACAUUGUUUUGGAUAGCAAGGCUGAUAUAUUAGGAAAUUGGAUCGGUGACGUCACAACACAAGACAACAUCGACUUUAAAGUCGAAAACACAGAGAAGAAGAUCAGUCCAGGCCCGGCUUUACCCGUGAGGUUUUUCGUCCAAUACAACCCAUUGAACAAGACCCCAAGGCUACAAGCCAUACGGCUGAACGGGAGAGAGAUAUGUAAUGCUAACACACGGCGACCAGCCGACGACGGACCGACCUUUGAAAGGCCAACGCAAAGGCCAAACGUACCUGACGACAGCAUAUCAUCAAACACCAGGCCACCUGUCUUCAGGCCAACUGAGAUCAGGCCAACUGAUAUCAGGCCAACUGACAUCAGACCAGAAGAUAGGCCACAAACGAGGCCUGUACAGACUAGGCCAAAUGACGUUAGCCCCGUCUAUGUGAGGCCAGUCAAUUCUCCGAGUCCUACAAAUAUCGCCGGCGGGGGAUCGUCACAGAAUGUUGGUAGGCCUGAUAAUAGUGGUUUCGGGCAUACCACACUCAGCCCGGUGCGCGGGACAACGCGAAGGCCUCGCCCGGACAUCCCAGAUUUUGACAACGAUAAUGUAAGUAGUGACGACGAGCCCGAAUACUGGGGCGGUGGACAACUCACAUUCAUAGUUCCUAAACCGGGAAGUACUAACUCUAACCAUCGCGUCACUAACAAAGGUGGACAGGGACAGACUCAGGGCCAAUGUGGUAGAGUCAUGCUGAACAACCCAAUCCCGCUGGUGGUGAAUGGUACCCCCACAUUGGAGGGCCAAUGGCCUUGGCAGAUAGCACUAUAUCAGACGCAGACGGUAGACAACAAAUACAUCUGCGGCGGCACGCUGGUGAGCCACCGUCACGUCAUCACGGCAGCACACUGCGUGACAAGAAAGGGGUCUCGUCGGGUCGUCAACCAGAACACCCUGACUGUGUACCUCGGGAAACACAACCUCAGGACCUCGGUGGCCGGAGUCCAGAUCAGGUUUGUGGAAAACAUAAUAGUGCAUCCGGAGUACAACGCGACGACCUUCAGCCGUGACCUGGCCAUCUUGGAGCUCCGGGAGCCGGUGACCUACUCCGAUCAUGUCCAGCCAGCCUGCCUGUGGCCAGAAGAUGAGGUCGACCUCAAGAAUGUUAUUGGCAAGAACGGAUCGGUUGUAGGCUGGGGUUUCGACGACACAGGAGUAGCUACAGAAGAGUUGAGCCUAGUGGAGAUGCCGGUGGUGGACCAGGAGACCUGCAUCAGGUCCUACAGUGACUUCUUUGUGAGAUUCACUUCGGAUUACACCUUCUGCGCCGGAUACAGAAAUGGAGUCUACAAUGAACAAACCGGCACUAGGAAAAGUGUCUCGGUCUGCAACGGUGACAGCGGCGGCGGCAUGGUGUUCAAAAGCAGCAGGACCUGGUACCUCAGGGGGCUCGUGUCUUUGUCCGUAGCGCGGCAAAACGAGUACCGGUGUGACCCGACACACUACGUCAUAUUCACUGAUUUAGCUAAAUUCUUGCCUUGGAUUAAACAGCACGUGUAUGAUUAUUGAUCUUAUUGUGUAAGACUAAUUUAGUAAAUAGAAGCGAUUAGUUAUUUUUAAGAUUUUGAAAAAGUAUGGUUUUCAAGACAUACCAUUUUGGUAUAAUCCUCGCAAAUUGCAGGAACCUUGUCGAAUUAUGAACUACGUGACGUCAACCUACGGAACAAGCCAAAAUGGCUGGCAGCUCGGUUCGCAAUUUGCGGGGAUCGUAGGUGCAAAUUUUUAGAUAGUAGUUUUGUCCUUCCAUAAUUAAAAAAAAAACCCUCACUCGUCUGUUAUGUUUUAGUUGACUUUGUAAACAGGAUCUUUCAAAAAUAUCUUAGGUUAUAUAUUUAAUUUUAUUUUAGAUAUAAUAAUUUAACUAAAAUCUUCAAAAAGUACCUAUAGGUACUAAUUAUUAUCAAUUUUCAGGUAGCUAGCUAGAUUUUUAACGUAUUUUGUUAUCAACGUCUCCGUAUUGACAAACAAAGCCUUCUUUAGUUGAUAGCAUAACAUUAUUGUUGUAGCCAUUUUCUUUUUAAACAAGGUAUUUAAAUACUACUAUUGCCAAUUUAAAUUAGUAAUUAAAAUUAGAGCCAGUUUCAUAUACGUAAAUAAACUAACUAACAAGACUGUUUGCAACUCUCUACAAAAGUGUAAGAUUUUAUACAUAACAGUCAUUUUCGAAGUGUAUCUAUUAUAUAGUAUCUACAAUCCAUGGUAGACCAUGGACCAAAAAAAAGGACGUGGUACCCAGCAGGGGUUAACAAUAAACUGACAAACGAAGGCAAGGAAGAGGAAAGGCAGUUAACAUAAAAAGACAAUUUAAAAAUAAAUAAAUAUUUAAUUCAAAAUUUAUUAA